UCACUUUAAUAGGAGCUUUUUCCUCCUUUAAGCAAGUCACACUCGCGCAGAAGGCUGCAGCACAAGGUACCGAAGGAGAGGAGCUGGGACUUAUUCUGUUCUCUUUGUUGAUCAAGAAGAAUUGCCAACAAGUUCUCUGCAACAACCCUGACUGCCACGCGACAAUGGAUGGAAACCAAACCGAAACGAAUGCAUCUUCGUGUCUAUAUCAGCCCCCUGAGUGGCUCCACCCUGUGACUUAUUGGUACAUCCUGGUCAUCUGUGUGCUUGGAAUUGUCUUUAAUGUGUUUGUGUUGACGGUUUUCUGCCUCCACAAGAAGGCCUGCACUGUGGCGGAGAUCUACUUGAGUAACCUGGCUGCUGCUGACCUUCUUCUGAUGUUCUGUUUGCCUUUCUGGGCUGAAAAUGUUAACAAAAAAUAUGACUGGCCCUUUGGUGGAGGCCUGUGCAAAAUGGUCAAUGUUUUCAUCAUCAUGAAUGCCUACAGCAGCAUCUACUCCCUCGUUCUGAUUAGCAUUGACCGUUAUUUGGCGCUUGUGUUCCCAUUGUCCCAUGAAAGGCUGCGUAGGCCACUUCUUGCCAAAGUGGGAUGUCUAGUGGUGUGGGUGUUAUCCUUUCUCCUGAGUGUCCCUCAGCUCAUCUACAGGGAUGUUAAGAUAAUUGAUAAUUCUACCGCAUGCGCAAUAUAUUAUCCAAAUGACGCUACACACGCAGGCUGUGAAAUAAUGCAAAUUAUGUUCGUAUUCAUUAUUCCUGUCUUCAUUAUUUCCAUCUGCACUUUCAAAAUAAUUCAAACUCUGAGAUGCAGGUAUAGAGAUGGAUUAAACAUUCAGAAAAAGGAGAAGAGGGCCACCUUUCUGGUUCUGGCAGUCCUCCUGGCUUUCCUGGUUUGCUGGAUACCAUUCCACAUUAUGAAGAUAAUAGACACAUUGGAUUAUGUUGAAGUUCUGACGUUGACAUGUAACACUAGAAUCUUUAUUUACAUGUGGCACCCAAUCCUACUGUAUUUUGCCUUCUUCAACAGUGUUCUCAACCCCAUUCUCUACGUCAUCGUGGGGAAAAACUUCCGCAAAAAAGUUAGGGAAGUCUUCAAGCAGUGGAGUCAUAGGAGAAGGGCAACCUUCAGCCUCACCUCCAUGCGCACUCAAAUGACAAAGUCAUGAGAAAGUCUCAAGCUGAUCCCAAGAACUGAGGUUUAUUUAUUUUAACAUAUAAGAAGAUUUAUUUUAUAUCCAUGAUGUGUAUAUAUGUGUGUUGCAUUUAGCACUUCAAUCAGCCGUUGCUCAGAAAGAUGUAUUCAAGACAACAGCACCUUGAUUUGAUUGGACAGCUGGUGGCCUUCCCAUCAGAUCCUGCUUCAGAAGGAAGAUAACUUUAGAGGAGGGACUCAGCUGUACCCUACGCUUUUAUGCUGCUCUUUUUAAGUCCUUGGAAUUCCCAGUCUUUUUUGAGACACGGAUGUACAGGCAACGAGAAAAAGAGGACUGAAAAAGAAACAUGUUUAAGGUCUGU